UGUGCCGUCCCUUGUAGCGCCUGCCCUGGCGGUGGCCGUGGGCCCGAGGCAGACCCGCCUGGCGGCCGCUGCACUUACCCUCCUGCAGAAGUUGGUCCGUUUAGGGAUUUGGGGUUAUUCCGUGGAGAGAUUUCUAAAAACAGAAUUCCUAAGCUUGAAGAAUAAAUAUGACCGAUAGGUAGUGGGCUGCUGGUGGGGGCACCCCCUGGGGGUGUCUGUCCUUGUUCCUUUGUUGGGGGGCACUUGGGGAAGCCGCCUGGGAGCCAUGGCGCCCCAGGUGGUUUCUCACCUUCAGGGUGUAGCAGUUUUGGUUUGAGGCCCUUGAGGUUGCUGCCUUAGCCUCUGGUCACAGACUUGUUCCAAAACCUUAUCUACCAAAGUACAAAAUAAAGCUAGUUAGUGCCACUUUGUAAAUGUGCUUCCUGCGUUUCUUACCAGGGUGUGAGUGCUAGUCAUUGGGACUGCUAGAACAAAAUACCACAGAUUGGGUAACCCUCUGAACAGGGAUUUUCUUCUCACAGUUCUGGAGGCUGAAGUCAGAGGUUUGGGUGCCCGCACGAGCCCUUUUUGGGUGCCCACUGAGCCAGGUGCACAAGAACGGUGCUUUCCCACCAUUUUUCCUGAAAUGGGCUUCCUGCCAGAUUUCUGGGUCCUUGCCACAUGCCCCUCGGCAGUCCAGAAGAUGUGAACCUGUUCCUCACAGGACCAAUUCAGGCUCCUCUUGCUUUCCGUCCUUCUCAGAGGCCCCACAUCAUGCACAAUGGCAGCAGCCAGGCUCCUCUCGCCACCAGCAGGACCCCAGGACUUCCAGGAUCCAAGCCCAACGUGAUCUCCCAGCUGGAGCGAGGGGAAGAACCAUGGGUCCCGGAUGGGCAGGGGCCUGAGCAAAGCAGGGAUCUGGGCAACAGCCACUCAGAAUGUGAGCACAAAGGAGAGACCCAAAGUAGAGGUUUGAGUCUGGCGCCAUUUGUUUCAGAGGACACACCAGUGAUUGUGGAGAAAACACAGCUGGGGUGGAUCAGUGAAGGGAGCUGUGACCGUGACCAGAGCUGCUGUCAGAGUUCAGGCCCUGGAGUCAAGGGGUUGGGCCAGAGUGAGCCCGUCACCCCCCGCCAGGCCGCUGCUGCUGGGGAGCGGCCUUACAAAUGCAUCGAGUGCGGGAAGUGCUUUGGGCGGAGCUCCCACCUCCUCCAGCAUCAGAGAACCCACACUGGAGAGAAGCCCUACGUGUGUGGAGUGUGUGGGAAGGCCUUCAGCCAGAGCUCUGUCCUGAGCAAGCACCGGCGGAUCCACACGGGGGAAAAGCCCUAUGAGUGUAAUGAGUGUGGAAAGGCCUUUCGAGUGAGCUCAGAUCUUGCUCAGCAUCACAAAAUCCACACGGGAGAGAAGCCCCACGAGUGUGUGGAGUGUGGGAAGGCCUUCACACAGCUCUCCCACCUCAUCCAGCACCAGCGCAUCCACACGGGGGAGCGGCCCUAUGUGUGCCCUCUGUGUGGGAAGGCCUUCAACCACAGCACCGUCCUGCGGAGCCACCAGCGGGUGCACACUGGGGAGAAGCCACAUGAGUGCAGCCAGUGCGGCCGGGCCUUCAGUGUCAAGAGGACACUGCUGCAGCACCAGCGGGCACACACUGGGGAGAAGCCCUACACCUGUAGCCAGUGUGGCCGGGCCUUCAGUGACCGCUCGGUGCUCAUCCAGCACCACAAUGUGCACAGUGGUGAGAAGCCCUAUGAGUGCGGGGCCUGUGGGAAGGCCUUCAGCCACCGCUCUACCUUGAUGAACCACGAGCGCAUCCACACCGAGGAGAAGCCCUACGGCUGCUACGCUUGCGGGAAGGCCUUCGUGCAGCACUCACACCUGAUCCAGCACCAGCGCGUGCACACAGGGGAGAAGCCCUACGUGUGUGGGGAGUGUGGGCACGCCUUCAGUGCCCGCAGGUCUCUGGUACAGCACGAGAGGAUCCACACUGGUGAGAGGCCCUUCCGGUGCUCACAGUGUGGCAAGGCUUUCAGCCUCAAAGCCACCCUGAUCGUGCACCUGCGGACCCACACAGGCGAGAGGCCCUAUGAGUGCAGCCGCUGCGGCAAGGCCUUUAGCCAGUAUUCUGUGCUUAUCCAGCACCAGCGCAUCCACACCGGUGAGCGGCCCUACGAGUGCGGGGAGUGUGGGCGCGCCUUCAACCAGCACGGGCACCUCAUCCAGCACCAGAAGGUGCACAGGAAGGUGUGACCUCGGCUGCCAGGAGGUCCACACUCAGGAGCUCACACCAGGCCAGGAAGGCGCCACCCAGGAGCAGCUUCCAUGGACUCUACAGGAUGUUCUUCUUGCUCACUUUGGGAACAGAGUAACUGCACAGAGAAGCACUGAACAUGUUCCUGUAGAAAAGUUUCAGAGGAUGCUUCUUAUAUUUUUCUCAAUAUGCUGAAGUCACAUUGGAGAGAAAUCUCAGUUUUGAUGAAGACAGCCAUAGUUCAUUCCUUAACAUUAGUUCAUUUGGAGUAACUAAGAAAAGUUAAAGCAUAAGGACUACUGAUAAAACUCUUAAAUUGCAAAUAAAGGGUUUUUUUCUCCUUAGAAUAUCACAUACCUUUUCUAAAGAGUUAUUCCUGUUAUUUCUCUUAAAAUUAGAGUGUUGGAUUAUUUUCAGUAUUCUUUUAAAACACUACAGUGCUGUAUGUUUAAAAACUUUGAAAACAUGCCAUCAAGCAUCAUGUGAUAUGGGUGGAAAUCCAAAGUGUGUGGAAUCACCUGUUUUUGUAUGAAAAAAGGAAGAAAGUCCAAAUAUAAUGAGAAAUUGUGAAAUUUAGAAGCCCUUUCUCUGGUGCUUUAACUUUAUCCAGGAUCAGAAGGGAUGUCCUAACAAGUAAAAGUUAAGAGUUUUCCUCAAAACCUUCCUUUAUGACCCAUAGGCCAUGCCCCAGAGACCUCAUAGCUGUCACAUCAAGUGGGUGCCUCUACAUGCUGUUACUUCAAAAAAAAAAAAAAAAAGACAGUUCUUUAGUACCUGUUUUUUUAGACAAUUCUCCAGCUGUUUAUUAUUUUUUAUUCCUAUGUUUAUGGGUUUGUGGUUUUUUGUUUUUACUCCUGGUUACAAGAGAAUCUAGUAUCAUCAUACUGUGGUGAAUCUGGCUUUCAUGGUUUAAAAUUUGUGUUUAGCCUUUUCAGAAAAUACUUGAUCUGCUGUAAGGAUACAGUUCUUGUAACUAAGUUUGUAUCAGAGCCAUUUCUAGUAGCCGUCAGCCAUAAAGGACUCUAAAAGAUCCCAGCCUCUUCAGAUUAUCCUGAUGAAGAAGGUUUUCUCAAAACCAUCAGCUGCUCUGGAAAGACCAAGCACUGAGGUAUUGUUCCUGCCCGCACCAGUACACUGAGCAGACAGUGGAGAGAGGCUCCUGGCUGACAUGUUACUUGAGAGGCACGGAGGCCCUGAUGUCUCAAUGCAGGGAAAUCCUGACGGCUAUCACCAGGCAUUGGGCAUCACUUCGGAUGGUGAGUUGACACUGCUGCAGAGCAGGUGGUGGCACCUUAAGAGCAAUGACUUCACUAGGGUGUCGCUUUGUGGAGCCCAAAUCACACGUGUUACUUCAAAAAUGAAGCCCUGAAGUCGUGCUUUGGAGUGGCUGAUACUGCCACUGGUUGAAGAACCUGGAUCCCCUGAGAUGACUCCAGUGUUACAUCAGAGGAGCUGAAGUCACUAAACUUCAUAGGCGCUGAGACCAAUCAAUAAGGUAUUGCCUGAAGUUCCCCACAGCUGGAAGCUACCAGCCCACCUGGAGCCAGUCCACAGCUCAUCUGACUGUGCUGCUGAGCACUCACCACCACUCGGCACAGUGUCCAGUCACGUGGAUGAGUUGAGUAAGAAUGAGGUUCAUCAGAAUGAAUGAGAGUUUAUUUACAUUCAGCUUACAGGCUAAAUGCUUGGAAGGGCCUCAGUCUGUCACAGACAAUUCAAGUUGCAUAGUUACUCAGUUGGUGAAUUCUCCGCAUAACCUGAGCUAUUGGAGGAAAUCUUCCCAGAAUGUAGUUUGCUUUCAUGCCGCCUCCGUGAAAGUGUACUUAAUACUAUUUUGCCUUUUCUUGCUACCAGCCUGUCAUUGACCCCUUUGUGAGCUUACAGGUUGUGGGAAGUGAGCUGUCGCCCCUACCCGGGGAGGGUCCCGGGUCCUGCAUUGUUGCCACUCAACCUGCUGGAACAGAUGGACACUGCCUCUUUUGGAAGUGGCAUCAGCGACCAAAUUGGCCUUUGGGGUCUCCCCUCAUUGAGAUAAAUUUUUUAGCCAUUGCCUCUGCUUCUGACUUAGCAGCAUUCCAUGCUGAUGGGUGUGGUUUUUUUAUUCAGAGUCUGCAUAUUCUAAAUAAAACCUUUAUAUUAUUUCUCCUUACAGCUGCAAGGAAUUUGAUAUUUAGUUCUCUAAAUUUUACUUGGAAAACGGUUUCGUCCAUGUGGAGUUUAUUUCUGUGUAUUGUGUAUAAUCAAGCAAUUUUCAAUAAAAAAAAAAAAAAACAUUGUGGAUGAAGGGAGACCAAUGCUGAUAAUCUACAAGUCAGUAACAAAUGGUUGGGCAGCCCAGUAUGGGAA